GGCGUCGCAGGGAUGGAGGCAGGACUCCAGGAUUUUGGGGAUAUGGGCACUUGAGGGUGACUUGACCCAGGACCCCUGGGUGGCAGGGAUGCCCGGGAAUCCCAGGGAUGCCUGGCAGCAGGAGUUCCGGGUCUCAGCGGGGCUCUGGGCUCUGGUGGGGAUGAUAGGACACGUCACUGCCCAGGGAGUAGUAAUCACGGGGUGCAGAAAGGAUAAUGGUACCCUCAGAAGGUCUGUGACAGAGGCGGCCGGCUGCUGGGCUCCGGGGUGUCUGUGGGGCCCUGGCGGUGACACCCUACUCUGUCCUUCCCCAGAGCUGCUCUGUCCAGACCAUGGACCCCGAGGUGUCCCUGUUGCUGCAGUGCCCCCGGGGUGGGCUGCCUGAGGAGCAGGUGCAGGUCGAGCUGAGCCCAGCCCACGACCGUCGCCCACUGCCAGGCGGAGACAAGGUCAUCGCUACUGUCUGGGAGAACCGGCUACAGGCCCAGCCUUGGCUCUUUGAUGCCCCCAAGUUCCGCCUGCACUCGGCCACCCUAGCACCCGCUGGCUCUCCGGGGCCACAGCUGCUCCUGCAUCUGGGCCUCACUUCCUACCGAGACUUCCUGGGCACCAACUGGGCCAGCUCAGCUGCCUGGCUGCGACAGCAGGGGGCUGCCGACUGGGGUGACAGGCAGGCCUACCUGGCCGACCCUUUGGGGGUGGGUGCUGCAUUGGCCACCGCCGAUGAUUUCCUUGUCUUCCUGCGACGCUCUUGGCAGGUGGCCGAGGCUCCUGGGCUGGUGGACGUGCCUGGCGGGCACCCUGAGCCUCAGGCUCUGUGCCCUGGUGACAACCCCCGGCACGAGGACCUCCCUGGGGAGCUAGUGGUGCAUGAGCUCUUCUCCAGUAUCCUUCAGGAGAUCUGUGAUGAGGUGAACCUGCCGCUGCUCACCCUGAGCCAGCCCCUGCUGCUGGGCAUCGCCUGCAACGAGACCAGCGCCGGCCGUGCCAGUGCCGAGUUCUAUGUGCAGUGUAGCCUGACUUCUGAGCAGGUGAGGAAGCACUACCUGAGUGGGGGACCCGAGGCCCACGAGUCCACAGGAAUCAUCUUUGUGGAAACACAGAGUGUGCGGAGGCUGCAGAAGGCCGAGAUCUGGGCCGAGCUCUGCCCCUCAGCGAAAGGCGCCGUCCUCCUCUACAGCCGGGUCCAGGGCAGUGCCCUUGGGUCCGCAGCCCUAUAACCACAGCCCUGAAGACAAUAAAGGACUUUAUUCUUGGAUUCUGUUGGGGUCUGCUGUUUCUGGGAGACCCUUGGGUGGGUGAGGGAGACAGGACAAAUGACUUGAAAGAAAAUCAAAAAACAAAACAGGCAGUCUCUGUCCCCGUCUGCAAACGGAUUGAGGGCAGUGUCCUCCUUGUCAGCCUCCGCGCCAUGGGGUGAGAGGCUGCUCUGUGAAACGUGCCGAGCAGACUAACAGCCACUUCCGCGGAACAGGGCGAUGGUAGCUGUCGGAAAGCCUCAC